GGAAAAAAGGAAAAGGAAUCGGCUUUGCAGAUUUUUGUCAGACUUGAGAUAGAAAGGAAUCGAAAAUAAUGGCGGAAGAGGGACAAGUAAUCCCCAUCCCCUCUGUUGAGGUUUGGAAUCAGCACUUCGAGUCGUCUAAAACCUCCAACAGACUGGUGGUGGUGGACUUCACAGCUUCGUGGUGCGGGCCAUGCCGUUUUAUCGCACCAAUCCUGGCUGAACUUGCUAAGAAGCUGCCUCAUGUAACAUUCUUGAAGGUGGAUGUUGAUGAAUUGACGACUGUGGCUGAGGAAUGGAAAAUUGAGGCAAUGCCAAGUUUUAUCUUCCUCAAGGAAGGCCAAGAAAUUGACCGGGUUGUGGGUGCAAAUAAAGAUGAUUUGCAGAGUAAGGUAGCCUUGUAUCAGGCUGCUUGAAUCAUUUGAAAUAUUUUUAUUUUCUUAUAAAAUACCCUUCUCUCCAGCCGAAGGUAUUAAAUAAUUUGUGAUAGUAUUUGUACUUAGCUACUAUGCUUUUCUCCUUGUUUCUAUCUGAACCCUAAUUUACAUUAUAUAUUGUUGUUGGAGUCAACUAUAAAUUAUAAAAUAAACAUGAAUUAUACCAA